AAAGAACAUGAAAAUUCUAUUGAACAUAUAACUAAUAUGAACUCUUGGAAAGAAUUAAAAAUGAGAUUAGAUAAAAAUGAAACAAUUGAUAAAGAUCUACAACGAGAAAUCUCUAAAGAAAAAGAGCGAUCUAAUGAGAAACUAUAUCAAGAAAGUAAUGGAAACUUUUUAGGAUUGAUUGAAAUGAUUGCUGAAUUUGACGUUGUGAUGCAAGAUCAUAUUAGACGCAUUCAAAAUCAUGAAAUUCAUCAUCAUUAUCUUGGUCAUAAAAUUCAGAAUGAGUUGAUUUCUCUUUUAGCUGAAAAAUCACUUGAUCUUAGUAUUGAAAAUAUUAGAGGUCAAGGUUACGAUAAUAGUUCUAAUAUGAAAGGAAAACACCAAGGAGUUCAAAAAAGGUUGCUUGAAAUAAAUCCAAGAGCGUUAUACAUGUCAUGUGCUUGUCAUAGUCUUAAUUUGACUCUUAGUGAUAUGACACAUUCUUGUGUUAAAGCUGUUUCUUUUUUUGGAGUAGUCCAACGCAUAUACAUAUUGUUUUCAAGUUCUCCUAAAAGAUGGAAAGUUUUACUUGAUAAUGUGAAAGGAUUAAUUGUCAAAUCUUUUUCAAACACACGUUGGGAAAGUCGUAUUAAAAGUGUUCAAGCUAUUAGAUUUCAGGCUCUUGAAGUGCGAAGUACUUUAUUAGAGUUAUAUAACAUUUGUGAUGAUGCAAAGUCUAAGAGUGAAGCUGAAAGUAUAAUUAACUCAAUUGAAAGUUUUGAAUUUUUACUUGGUAUAGUUAUUUGGUAUGACAUUUUAUUUGCUAUAAACAUGAUAAGUAAGAAGUUACAAUCAAAAUCUAUGUGCAUUGAUUCUGCUAUGAAACAAUUAGAUGGUGUAAUAUCAUAUUUUGAAAAAUAUAGGAAUGAUGGUUUUGCAACAAGUUUGACUAUUGCUAAAAGUCUUGCAUCUAAUAUGAAUAUAGAGCCAAUAUUUUCAAUGAAACGUCGUAUUUUUAGAAAAAAAUAA